AUGGCUUCGAAGCGAACAAGGCGUGCCCGCCGUCAGCAUAGAUCCACGGGCAACGCGAGUACAGCCAAGUCAACCGCACAGGCAUGUUACACAUAUUCGCCUCUACCGACCGAAACAUCGAUCCGCCUAUUAGAAGUAUUACCUUCAUCAGACGGUGAAAUCAACAUCUCGCUAAGAGUAUUUGAUCUUAAAGAUGAACCGGUCUUCGAUGCUCUUUCUUACUCGUGGGCGAACCCAGUAACUAUCGCCGAAGAGCCCCUACCUCGAGGCCAGGAGCGCACAGAAGUUGUCAGGUCCAUUACCGUUUCUCAAAGUCUCCUCACCGCCAGCGGUCAGAACCCCGUAACUCUGGACACUACUCUGCUGUCGUUUCUGAGUGCUCAUCCAAGCCUACCUUAUGUGGAAUAUGGAAACCGCCAGGAUCACACACAUAUUGUCAAUUGCGAUGGGCGGAAGAUAUCCCUCUCCAAAACGUUGUUUGAGGCCUUGGCAUGCCUUCGCUGGAUUCUUUCCAGGAAAUUAGACGGCGAGGGCCAGGGCAUGGUCUACCUGGAGACACUUCCAACAUCGCGCUCACGUUAUAUAUGGAUUGACGUGAUUUGCAUAAAUGUGCCGUUGAUGAACCGGAUUUUCGCCUCUGCACAGCACGUCUUCGCUUGGGUGGGAGAGCUUGACACCUUGAGUUACGCGGCCUGGGAAACCAUUCCAACGAUAUGUGAUGUGUACCGGUCCGGACAGCCUUGGAUCCCAGGCCAUGCAACCUUCGAGGACAGAGUGGAGAAGAGGGUCCAGCUUUACACGCUGGCCAUGCUUCUAUCAAGAAGGUGGUUUCGAAGAGCCUGGGUGGUUCAAGAGGCCGUGUAUGCGCGCCGCCUUUAUCUGUGGUCUGGACCAUUUUUCCUAGAUUGGUGGAAACUGCUACCUGCCAUCCGUGUCUUCGAGACGGGAGCUCGUAUCGAUGACACUGUAACACUCAUGGGACGCUUGAUUCGACGUGAACCAACGUCACUAGUUAAAAUGUUUAACCGAGUCCAUUCCGGUGGGGUCAGGGAGAAGGUCAUCACAGCAGCGGUUACAGAUGAGGAGCUAUUUGAUCUGGUGAAAGCAGCUGUGGGCUUUAUCAAUGGUGUGGUGGAAAUGAAAAGGUCAUUGGGACUACCUUACUAUGAGCCCCGUGAAGGAGUGCAAACGACAUCAUUUGCUGGGGAGUGUGGCUCAGUCAAGGAGAACAUUGUGUCGCAAACCGCGGCCUUGGACUCUGACCAAGACCUUUCUCUUCCGCCGGUGUUAGGGUAG